ACCUUAUUGGCAAGUUUUCUAUUAAGUUCAUCAGUAAUCGCAUCGUUUAAUUUCCGUUUAAACUCCCACGGUGGAAUCCUAACUGUGUCUUUCAAUUCAGCAAGAACAAACAUUUUCACGGUAUAACCUCAUAAAAUGUCUUAAUGUUUAGAUAAUAAAUAAUUGCCGUCAUUUAAAUUUAUUGCAAUAACAUUCAUCCUUUUUUCUUCGGUAAGUAUAUAGAACUACACUUUUCUUCAAUGGGUUUAUUUUUCUUAAACCACGCGAAUCUCCAUGUCGCGGGAAUUAAGUAAGACUGCAUUUGUGUCAACAUAACCAUAAAUGCACGUGCAUUAAGAUAACACUGCUAAACGGAAAGUAAAAACAAACUCAAAGUUUCUUUACUGUAAUUGCGAGGAUAUUUGGAACAAAAAGUUUAACAAAAAUCUGAUAUUAAAAGUUUGUAAUGUAAUUAAGUGAAAGUUAUUCGAAAAAUCAGUUCUGAAAAUUAUUUAAGUAAAUACCUGCUUGACAGCAUGGAUAUUGUACAAUCAAUUUUGGAGAAUGAAACACAGGAGAAGGAUUUACGCAAAUCCAUCGAAGUGAAUAAAGAUAUAGAAGUUGAAAUAGAUGCAGGAUCUCUUUUAGCAUUUGAUUACAAUACUCUCAACAUAAAAGCACUGAAGUCUGGGCAAGAAAAAUAUUUAACAAGCUUAACUAGGGAUAAUGUGCAAAUAUUAAUUAAUAAAAUUUGGGAACUUCCAAUAGAACGUGUAGAAGAAACAAUAGUAGCAAAAUUACCAAAACCUGAGUAUGUAUUGCCUCGAUCCAGACAAAUACCAAAACCUAAACCGUUAACAAAAUGGCAACAGUAUGCUAAAGAGAAGGGUAUCAAGUCUAAAAAGAAAGAUAAAUCAAAACUUAAGUGGGACACUGAGUUGCAGAAAUGGAUACCUACAUUUGGUUACAAACGUAGUAAAGCUGAGGAACAGAAAGAAUGGUUGGUUGAAAUUAACGAUGAUAAUAAGGUCAUAGAAGAUCCAUUUGCAGCAGCAAAGGCAGCAAAAGGAGAAAGACAAUCAAAGAAUGAAUUACAAAGAUUGCGUAACAUUGCUAAAGCAAAGAAUAUUAAAAUUCCACAAGUGGGUCUUCCUACCAAAGAGCAUUUCCCUGAUUCACAACAAUUAUCUCAAGCUAUUACUGUUGCUCGAACAUCAACAGCAUCUGUUGGCAAAUUCCAAAACAGGUUACCAAAAGAAAAGGAUGCUAAAGGUAUUGCAAAACAGGUACCUGGAAUGAAACGAAAGGCAGAAAAAGCACCAGAAAAUAUGCAAGAUGAAAAGAGACGCAAUAAAGAUUUAGCAGAGAACAUUCUUAAAAACAACACUAAAGUUUUCCGUGAGGACUUCUCUGUACCAAAAGUACAACUAGCUAAGCCGAAGGCGAAAAAAGGCAAGAAAGGCGUGAAAGACAGGGGCGCGAAGAAACCAAAAGGAGGAAAAGGGAAGCGAGAUAUGCGACUUAAAGUGGGGGGUAGAAAACGAAGAUGAAAUGUUUAAAGGUCCAAUCUCGUUGUUUGUUUGCCCCGCCGUAAUUACAUAAAGUUUUGCCAACAAUCAAUUGAAAUAAAUAAUAGUAAAAGAACGUUGUAUCUGAUUUCUUGGGGUGUAAAAUAAAAUUCAAAGAGUCGAU